CCAACGGCUUAGCGCCUGCGCCUCCUCCGUUGUCCUGGCGCCGACCUUUCGUUCCAUGCACGUAUGCUGUAAUGGCUACGUCAAUUCAAUACUUCAGCUUCUCCUUUACCAUAACAGAUAACCCUACCAUGAGGAAAGCCCAUGCAAAGCCAACCUUCAAAAUCUGUAAGUUUUCUCAGAAACCUAUUGAUGACACUCCGUCUCUGAAAGAGAUUUGCAAGCAGGGAAAUCUAAAGGAAGCUUUUCUAUCAUUUAGCAGUUUGUUCAGUGACCCAAACCAAUUGCGAUUUUGCCCAGAUGAAGUUUAUUCAUCAGUUCUUGAACUUUGCGCAAGCAAAAGAGCUCUUCCACAGGGGCAGCAAAUCCAUGCCCAUUUGAUAACGUCCAAUGCUAUGCAUGAUUCCGUGUUUUUGAAUACUAAACUUGUCUUUAUGUACGGAAAAUGUGGUUCUCUUCGGGAUGCCCAGAAUCUGUUUGAUAAGAUGCCUCACAGAACCAUUUUUACAUGGAAUGCUAUUUUAGGCGCUUAUGUUACAAACGGGGAACCAUCAGGAGCACUUGAGUUGUACCGGGACAUGCGCAUUUCUGAUGUGCCACUUGAUGCAUGUACUUUUCCUUGCAUUCUUAAAGCCUGUGGUGGACUUAAGGAUCUCCGUUGUGGGGCUGAAGUUCAUGGUCUUGCAGUAAAAAAUGGGUGUAUUUCUGUUGCAUUUGUGAUCAAUUCACUUGUAGCUAUGUAUGCAAAGUGCAAUGAUCUCAAUGGAGCUAGGCAAUUAUUUGACAUAAUAACUGAGAAAGAGGACACUGUGCCAUGGAAUUCAAUUAUUUCAGCAUAUUCUGCAAAUGAGCAACCCACUGAAGCAUUAGAACUUUUCAGAAAAAUGCGGAAGGCAAAUCUGGAUGCAAAUACAUAUACAUUAGUUGCUGCUUUACAGGCCUGUGUAGGCCCAGCAUUUAGGAAAUUAGGUAUGGAGAUUCAUGCUGCUAUUUUGAAGUCUGGCCACUAUCUCGAUAUUUAUGUGGCGAAUGCUUUGGUUGUCAUGUACACAAGAUGUGGUAGAAUGGCAGAGGCUGUAAUAAUUUUUCACAAAAUGGAUGAGAAGGAUAAUGUGUCUUGGAAUUCAAUUCUCUCAGGUUUUGUGCAGAACAGUCUUUACAGUGAAGCUUUGCAGUUUUUCCAUGCUAUGCAGAAUGCAAGUCAAAAACCAGAUCAGAUUUCAGUAUUAAGUACUGCUGCAGCAUCUGGUCGAUUGGGAUAUCUCUUGAAUGGAAAGGAAGUUCAUGCCCAUGCAAUAAAAAAUGGAUUUGACACUGAUCUGCAGGUUGGAAAUACGCUUUUGGAUAUGUAUGCUAAGUGUUGUUGUGAGAAUUAUAUGAUCCGUAUUUUUAAUAAGAUGCCCACUAAAGAUUUCAUUUCUUGGACAACAAUCAUUGCUGGCUAUACUCAGAAAAAUUCUCAUUUGAGGGCCUUGGAAUUGUUCCGGGAAGUGCAGAUGCUAGGGGUUGAUGUUGAUGAAAUGAUGAUUGGAAGCAUCCUGCUGGCUUGUAGUGGGUUGAAGUGCAUUUCUUGUGUGAAAGAAAUUCAUGGUUAUAUUAUGAGAAGAGGACUGUCUGAUCUUGUGCUGAAGAACUCAAUUAUGGAUGUAUAUGGGGAGUGCAGGGAUGUAGAUUAUGCAUCCCGAAUGUUUCAGUUGAUUGAAAUAAAAGAUGUUGUGUCCUGGACAAGCAUGAUAUCUUGUUAUGUUCAUAACGGGCUAGCAAAUGAAGCUCUUGAGCACUUCUACCUAAUGAAAGAAUCAGGGGUUGAACCUGACUCUAUAGCGCUGGUGAGUGUGCUUUCUGCUGCUGCCAGUUUAUCUGCCUUGAGAAAAGGAAAAGGUAUUCAUGGAUUCUUGAUUAGGAAGGGCUAUAGUUUAGAGGGUCCUAUUGCAAGCUCUCUUUUGGAUAUGUAUGCUCGUUGUGGAGCAUUUGAGAAUUCAUGUAAGGUAUUUACUUGUGUCAGAGAUAAAGAUUUAGUUUUAUGGACUAGUAUGAUUAAUGCAAAUGGAAUGCAUGGCCGUGGCAUGGCAGCUAUUCAUUUAUUUAGAAUGAUGGUGGAUCAAAAUCUUGUUCCAGAUCAUAUUACCUUCUUGGCACUGCUUUAUGCAUGUAGCCAUUCAGGAUUAAUUAAUGAAGGUAGAAAAUUUCUUGAAAUUAUGAAAAGUGAAUAUCAGCUGGAGCCGUGGCCAGAACACUAUGCCUGUUUGGUUGAUCUCCUUGCCCGUACAAAUCACUUGGAAGAGGCAUACAAAUUUGUGAAGACUAUGCAGAUUGAAGCUACUGCUGUAGUCUGGUCUGCUCUCCUCAGCGCUUGCCAUGUUCACUCAAAUAAAGAAUUGGGGGAAAUUGCAGCACAAAAGCUUCUUGAGUUGGAUCCAAAAAAUCCUGGAAAUUAUGUGCUUAUAUCUAAUAUAUUUGCUGCAACUGGAAGAUGGAAAGAUGUGGAAGAUGUGAGAAUGAGAAUGAAAGGAAAAGGAUUGAAGAAGAAUCCUGGUUGUAGCUGGAUAGAGCUUGGGAAUAAGGCUCAUACUUUCAUGGCAAUGGACAAGUCUCAUCCGGAGUUUUAUGAGAUACACCAAAAGUUGACUCUAGUUACUGAGAAGUUGCAAAAGGAAGGAGGCUAUGUAGCUCAAAUUAAAUUUGUUUUGCAUGACAUAAAGGAAGAAGAGAAGAUUAAGAUGCUUUACGGGCACAGUGAGAGGCUGGCCAUUGCAUAUGGUCUACUCAGGACUCCUAAAGGAACCCCUAUUCGAAUCACAAAGAAUCUUCGAGUUUGUGGUGAUUGCCACACUUUUUGUAGGUUAGUUUCAAAAUUCUUUGGACGAGAAAUUAUUGUGAGGGAUGCCAACAGAUUUCAUCAUUUUGAGUCUGGCGUUUGUUCUUGUGGAGAUUUCUGGUGACAAACAGUGAUCAUACUGAAAUAUUGGAAAAAUCAAGUGCCUUCAUAUGUAUUCCCGUUGAAUAUGGGAGCCCGUUGAAGUGCUAUAGUUCUGCAUGUUCAGCCUUCGGACCUUCAUACGUAAUUAGCCAUAUCUUGAAGAUUUGAGUUUGAAAACUGAAACCAGGGCUGGAAAGCAAAAAUUAUGCGGAAAAAAAAGCACACAGCAAGGAUUUAGAGCUGCUGAAGAAGGUUCUGAGUUUACAGCAGCAAAUAUGAGCUUAACAUGAAAGGAAGACAGUGGAUGGGACUUGCAUUUUCAAAGGCUUUUGAAGUUCUGUACAUGUUUAUUAAUUGAAACAGGCUUCUUCAUGCUAAUUGCUGCACACAAGAACUAAGAACCUUGUGUUUAACUCUUAUUAGGAUAAAAGACACUAACCUCCCCUGAGGUUUGACAAAAAGACAAUGACUUCCCCUGAGAUUUCAAAAAUUCUAGAGACCUCUUCUGAGUUUCAAAAAUCUCAGGGACGUCCCCUGAGGUUUGUUAGGUUUGUCAAAAAGACA